GGCACCGGUCACAAGGACGUGUACUCGGUCGCCGAAAGUUCGCCAACAUCUCAAAACUUGGGUCGACAAUGCAUUCUUGGCUGCUCCUUGCGCUUGCCCUUCCAUCGUUAGCAGCGCUCGAUAAGACACACGGCGUUCCCCCCUCUCUCGUGUCGAAAUACGUCCCCGGUACGAAGGGUGCACACCAAACAUGGACGUGUUUAGAUGGUUCGAAGGAAAUUGCCUGGAGUGCGGUAAAUGAUGAUUAUUGUGAUUGCCCUGAUGGCAGCGACGAGCCAGGCACGAGUGCAUGUCCCAAUAACAAGUUCUACUGCCGCAAUGAGGGACAUAUUGGAGCCAUUAUACAGAGCUCUCGUGUUAACGAUGGACUUUGUGAGCAGAAAUGUUGUGAUGGAUCGGACGAACCCUCAGGCGUGUGUCCGAACACUUGCCAGGAGGUCGGGGCAGAACACAGAAAGAAGACGGAAGCGGAGCGCAAGCUGCGAAAAACUGGGUCCAAGAUACGAUCUUCAUACAUUGCGUACGCGCAUAAGGAGAAAAAGCGCUUGGAGGUGCUCAUUGCUGAUCUUGUCAAAGAGAUUGAAACGAGAGAGAAAGAGGUGGAGAGAUUACGAGACAUUGCAGAACGCGCAGAAUCCCUCUCGGCCGCUGAGCUAGAGCGUAAGAAACAGUCCCCCCUCUAUCAGUCACUCCUCGUACAUCACACUGCACUCAAAUCCCUCCAGAAAGAACACAAGCAGCACCUGGAACGCGAGAAAGCUCUUGGUGACGUCUUGAACUCACUCCGCGCAGGUUACAACCCCAACUAUCAAGAUAUGGCCGUCCUCGAGGCUGUGCGCGGCUGGGAGACACUAGCAGGUUUGCCCCACAUAAACGACGUGCGCAAGGGUGACGAUGGCGAAGCUGACACUACCGCGGAGAAACCGAAAACUGAGGACGAUGUUGAACAGGAAGGUCUCUGGAGUGCAGCAAAGAUUGAGAAGGAGUUGGAUCAGUUGCUGAAGACAGAUCAUGUCUCGUUGCUGCUAGAACAUGACCAGCUUGUCGGGCCUGCUUCGACCCAGUCGCUCUUAUUUGACAUCUCAGCCUACCUUCCAGAUAAUCUGCUCCCAUCCUACCAUGGUUUCCGCGACUCGGUCCUCUCGGCUCUAUCUGUUUUCGGGAUUGGGUACGGCGGCACACACGACACUUCUGCUGAAUCAAAUCGUGCACGUGUAGCCCUUUCGGAUGCGGAGCACAGCCUCAAGUUGACACAUGAUGAGCAACGAAAUGCAAAUGAAGACCUCCAGGAUCUCUUUGAUCCCGAAGGCUUUGGCCCAGAAGGCGAGUGGAAAAAACUUGACGGCCUGUGCCUAUCGAAGGAUACCGGAGACUACACUUACGAAGUUUGCCUCUUUGAUGAGGCGAGGCAAAAACCCAACAGUGGCGGUUCCGGCUUCAGUCUUGGGAAAUUUUCGACCUGGAACAAAGCCGCUCAACCUGGUGAGCUGGAUUAUUAUACCAAACAGCACUAUACCCAGGGGGCCAAAUGCUGGAACGGCCCUCAUCGCAGUGUUGAACUCGUCCUCACAUGUGGCACUGAAAACGCGUUACUAACGGUGGCAGAGCUGGAAAAGUGCGAGUACCAAAUUACAGGAACGACUCCAGCGCUGUGUCGCCCACUGGAGGACGAGCAAACCAAAGACGAACUAUAGACCUUUUGGCAUUAUGUCUAGGUACAGUGCCUCCGGGUAUAUGUAUCUAUUAUGUGGUCAAAUAAACCUGAUGUUCGGG